AUGCUUCGCCGCCUCCGUGACACAUCCAUUGGAUCUGAGUACGAGCGCAAGACCUUAUUGAGAGAAAAAGUCCGCCUCCAAACACGAACUCCAGAUGGCCCCAAGGGCAUGCUCGGCACUUUCGUGCACAUCCUCAAGGCCGACAGUGUAUUGGGCCUCUACCGCGGCCUCUCCGCCUCUCUUCUCCGUCAACUAACCUAUUCCACCACCCGUUUCGGCAUCUACUCCGAACUUAAAGGGACCUUCACGACCGCGCGCUCCUCUCCCUCCCUCCUCUCCUUAAUCGCCAUGGCCAGCGCCUCCGGCUUCCUAGGCGGCAUAGCCGGCAACCCAGCCGACGUACUCAACGUGCGCAUGCAGCACGACGCCGCUUUACCCGCUGAUAAGAGAAGGAACUACAGGAACGCCAUAGACGGACUGAUACGGAUGACUCGGGAGGAAGGCUGGCGGAGCCUGUGGCGUGGCGUCUGGCCGAACAGCAUGAGGGCCGUGCUCAUGACGGCGAGCCAGCUCGCGAGCUACGAUAGCUUCAAGCGGGUCUUGCUGGCGAAGACGUCACUCGAGGAUAAUCUGACGACGCAUUUUACCGCGUCCCUGCUUGCGGGCUUCGUGGCGACGACGGUGUGCAGUCCUGUGGAUGUGAUCAAGACACGGGUCAUGAGCGCGAAAGAGAGCGAGAGUCUGCUGGGGCUGUUGAGCAGGACCGUCAAGAAUGAAGGCGUCGGGUGGAUGUUUCGGGGCUGGGUGCCGAGUUUUGUGCGGUUGGGACCGCAUACGAUUGCUACUUUUCUGUUUUUGGAACAGCAUAAGACGAUCUAUCGGCAAUUGAAAGGAUUAGAUAAGUGA